AUGGCAGAACUCCAAGAGUUAACUCAUCAAUACGUUAGCUGUGCUGAUCCCACUGAAAGCGAAGCACGUGGACAAAGAGUUAUGCAAUGUGAAGAACAGAGCCUCAUGGCGGAGACAGCAGCCAGUAUUAUCGCUUCAGCCUCAGCCAGAGCUAAUGAGCAAUCUCGAGGAUCACCUGCUACCCAACCAAGCCCUAGUCAGGCCCAGAGAGUCCCCUCUCCUGCUAGACACCCUACAGUACAAGCUACGUCUAGACCUGUUAACACCCCACGAAGAACUCCUGCGAGGAGAAGACCUGGAUCAAGCCCUCGUUUCUUUGCAGGUGCUGGUUCCACGCAUCGUCUUAUCUCGAGAAGUCAAGCACAGUCCAAUAGACAGGGUUUCCCAUUUGCAUCUCCCAUCCAACCAAGGGCACCUACGAGACAUGUUAGCACGACCAGAGGAUCGAGAGCAACCUCCCCUGCUGAAUCACGAGCUCCCCCACAGGAUUUUCACGGGGUUCGACGUCUUGAGGACCUGAAUAAGAAGCAUUCCCCAGAUAUUAUCUUCUUACAAGAAACAAAAAACCAAGAUGAGUUUGUUUUAAAAGAGACGGAGAAAAUCAACUUAAACUCUCACUUUCUAGUUUCUCCCCAGAGCCCUGGAGCGGGAGGUCUGGCCCUUCUCUGGAAAUCUGAUGUUGACAUUCAGAUUCUGACUUCCAACAACAACUUCAUCGAUACCCAAAUCACUUUUAACAACUCAUCCUUCAAUUGUACCUUUGUCUACGGUGGCCCUGAAGUCCCCCUCAGACAAGACGUCUGGAAAAAGCUAAGUGAUAUCUCUGAGUCGAGAGCUUCUCCUUGGUUUCUGACGGGGGAUUUUAAUGAGAUCACAUCUAAUGCUUCAAAAACAGGUGGUAAAGAGAUACCCGAGAGCUCCUUCUCAAACUUCCGAACGUUUCUAUUAUCCUAUGACCUCUUCGAUAUCAAACAGUCUGGCAAUUUUCUCUCUUGGAGAGGACAAAGACACACACACCUCGUCCACUGUAGGCUGGACAGAGCUAUCGCCAACAGCUCUUGGUCAGAUAUGUUCCCAGCACUACAAGAAAAUGUCACAUAUAUAGCCCCGGAAAAACGCUAUUACAUCAUAGCAUAG